AUGGACAUCUCUGUUCUGCCAAACAACAACCACCCUGAGAAGUUCCUCCAACUGGACGUUGGGAUGCUGCCGGCAACACACGGCAUGUUCCAGGUCGGGGCAGUCAUGACCAGUCAGAGACAUUGGCAGAACAGGGUCUACUCCCAGCAAAGGAUAAAUACUCAAAGCAGGUCUCCUCCAUCCCCAGAGGGCACUCCUGUGGUGUUUGUGGACAGAUACCUGGAGAAGCACAUCACUCCAGUCACUCUGAAGUCCAACAUUAAAAGGAACCCUCUGUACAUGGACAUAAGAUCGAUGGAAGCAGUGGACAACAAGAAGUCCAAGCCUUCCUGGACUGUCAAGGAGUAUGACACGCAAACAAUCCACGGCAACCUUGCCGAUUAUUUAAAGGAGGAAGAGAAGACUCCUAAAGAUCUGGAUUUUUGGCUCGAGGAUCUAUACACACCAGGCUUUGACUCUUUACUGAAGAAGAAAGAGGCAGAACACAGAAGAAAAAGACUUUGUAUGAUUCUUUCUGCAAUUAUUUUGUCUGUUUGUGCUGUACUUAUUGUUAUUAUAGUGCCAGUUGUGGUUCUCCAGAAGAAGAACUGA